ACUCUCCGUUCUUGUCACCGUGGCACGCCAUUUACCAAGAAUUUUUUGUAUUUUAAUCCAGUAAUUAAUCUAGCUAAUUAGUUGUGAUAAUCAUGUUAAUUAUUUUAUAUAUUUAAAUUGCAUUAUUUGUUCAUUCGGUUCUGGAUAGAUUACAAGCUUCACGUCUCAUGUUAUUUGCUGCACUAAAAAAAGUCACGGCACCAGUUACUCGUCGAUAUUAAUUUGCUUAAUCAGGAAAUUAAGCAAGUUAAAUUUCAAAUGCUUGAGCAAGCUGUCGCAAAAAUCGAUUCAUAUACGUAUUUAUCGUUCUAUAAGUAUAAAUAUACGUUCAUGCAUAGUGCAUCCUCAUACUGAUCAUAUUUUUCCUGUAAAUUUAUAGUUGAAGGGACAUAUAAUUCGAGAUGGGGAGAACUCCGUGCUGUGAGAAGGUGGGAUUGAAGAGAGGGAGAUGGACGGCUAGAGAAGACGAGAUCUUGACGGCCUACAUUCGGGCUAAUGGCGAAGGCUCCUGGAGAUCACUGCCCAAGAAGGCUGGACUGCUGAGAUGCGGAAAGAGUUGCAGGCUAAGAUGGAUCAACUAUUUGAGGCCGGAUGUGAAGAGAGGGCAGUUUUCUUCUGAUGAGGAAGAUGUCAUUAUUAAGCUGCAUGCAGCUCUGGGAAACAAGUGGUCUCUGAUUGCUGGUCACUUGGAUGGUAGAACAGACAACGAGAUAAAGAACUACUGGAAUUCUCACUUGAGCAGAAAAGCAAAGAGUCUCCCUGUUUUUCAUCAAAUCAAGCCUGUGGAAACUCGGGUUUUGAUGGAACAAUUACAAAAGCAGGGAAAGAAGGGAAGAAGCAAGGCCCCGAAGAUUCCACCCUCUGAGAAGAACUUGUUAGAGAUUCCGGAAGAUUGCAGCUUGAAAGUGCAAAUUGAGCCUCCAACACCCUUUAUGGAGGAGAGCUUAGGCGACAUUCUUAAAUGGACGCCUGAUAAUAUCAGUAACGAGUGCACAAGACUCCCGGACCAGCAAGGUUUAUGGAAUGAUAUUGAUCUCGGUAAAGAUAUAGCAGGUGGUACCUUUCUGGACUCUGGAUUUGGGAUGGAUUUUCUAGGUGAUCUGGAUUUUAAUGGAUCACUGGAGACUGCCCUGGCUACGGCGACAGGAAAUGAGCUGGUGCAAGCUAAUCAUAACCAAGAGACGAAUACUCCUUCUGUGACAAAUUCCGCUUCAUGCAUACACAAAGAAUCCGUAGAAAAUCCGGGUUGGGAUUAUCUUGACAGUGCCAUGCAAGGAGAUAAUUUGUUCUGGGACACUGAACAGGAGAGGCUGUUGAUUUCUGGACUUUUAGUUUCUAAGAUCACAAGUGUGGGAGCUUCUCACAUUUGGUAUCUGUUGUAUGAAAUGAAACCAGAUAUCUCUGAUUUGGCACCAGGCAUCGAGAUUUUCAGUGAAGGACUUGGGGACACGUAUCACAAAGAUAAUAAAGAGAAUCCUGCUCUAAAUGAUGAUAUAAAUGUUUUGUAUAAUGUUGCAGAUGAUGCGCAAAAUGAAUAUGGUGUGCAAAAGCUCUUUUUCUUCUUCAUAAUUUGCCCAAAUGGUUAUAGCGUCCAACCUUUCAAAAUCCAGGAAAGAAACAGAUAUGCUAUUUAUAUUGCAGUUUGUAAUCCUGAUUCUGUUAUAGGUCAAGACUUUGUUCCUAAUAAUGUGAUUGCAUCUGACUUGGGUAAAAACUAUGUGUUGCUGUCAACUUUAAAGCGUAUACACAAAACCAUGGAUUAA